GUCAGCGUUCAGGGACAGUUUGACCCUCACUGCUCUGCAGAAAGCUGCGGCUGCUGCUCAUUAAACCGAACCGGAGUUCAACUGUUUCCACUGAACCGCUAUCGGACAGGAACUCCCUUUCUCAGAACCGAACAGGUGAUCUGUGCCAUGCUGUUCUGAACCGGUCCGGACCUUGGAUGAGUCCAGAGCUGCAGCUGAGCGGCGCCGUGCAGCAGGAUGAACGGAUACGAUCCUCCGGCUCUGAACGUCUUCAGCUCGGUAAUCAAUGGACACAGCGCUCCGUCUCCGGAUCCUCCCAGAAAUAAAGCCAAGAGUGGUGCCAAAGCUCUGUAUGAACAAAGGAAAAACUACACCAGAACCAGCAUCAACAGUCUGACAGAUACAUCACAGUACCAUGUGGAGCACCUGACCACGUUUGUGUUGGACCGGAAGGAUGGGAUGAUCACUGUGGACGACGCUAUCCGACGUCUGCGCCUGCUGGAUGCCAAAGGAAAGGUGUGGACUCAGGAGAUGCUGCUGCAGGUGGAGGACAAGGCGGUCAGCCUCAUCGACCUGGACUCACAGAGCGAGUUGGAGAACUUCCCCAUCAGCUCAGUCCAACACUGUCAGGCGGUGAUGAGCUCCUGUAGCUAUGACUCCAUCCUGGCUUUGGUUUGUAAAGACUCCAGUCAGAGUAAACCAGACCUUCACCUGUUCCAGUGUGACGACAUCAAGGCAAAUCUGAUUCACUUAGAUAUAGAAAGCGCCGUGACCGAUGCCAAAGGGGGUAAAGUUAGGAAGCGACCAGAGACUCUGAAGAUGAUCCUGAAGAGCGACGGCCUGAUCCCGCCCCCUCCCCCAACCCCGGCCCCUGAGGCGCCAGCAUCGUCCAGUCAAGUAGACAAUAAGACCCGAGUAGCUGCCUGGUCAGCAUGGGUCAAUGAGCAUCCACACUAUGAGCAGAAGCAGCUGUCGCAGGACGACGGAGCGGCGGAGAUGACGGCGCUGCGAGUGGACCGAGACGUGCAAAUCCUGAACCACAUCCUGGACGACAUCGAGUUCUUCGUCACCAAACUGCAAAAGGCGGCUGAGGCCUUUAACGAGCUCUCCAAGAGGAAGAAGGCCAAGAAAGGCAAGAAGAAGAGUCCAGGAGAGGGCGUCCUGUCUCUGAGAUCCAAACCUCCCACUGAGGAAGAGUUUGUGGACUGUCUGCAGAAGUUCAAACAUGCCUUCAACCAACUGGCGAAGUUGAAGGAGCACAUUCAAAACCCAAGCGCCGUGGAUCUGGUUCACUUCCUGUUCACGCCACUCAGAAUGGUGGUCCAGGCAUCCGGCGGUACCGAUCUGGCUCGGAGCAUCGUGGUUCCACUGCUCACCAGAGAAGCCAUCGAGUUCCUCCACUCCUCAGGAACGGCAGAGGAACGGCACCUGUGGGUGACUCUGGGAGACGGCUGGACCAAAUGCAGGCUGGAGUGGCCGAAGGACCACUACUUCCCUCCCUGCGCGCUGCAGUUCCGUGACAGCUGGGAGCCUCCCGUGGUUCCGGCUGUGACUCCUGGUCAGGAACAGGAGCUCCUGCAGUUAGCUGAAAGCCUCGUCAGCGCCGACGUCCACAGGUCGGCCGAUCUGCGGCUGUCUCAGCAGGGGGCACUGCAGCAGUUUCCCCUGCCUGAUGGGUACGCCUUUAAUAACUCAUCCCAGAAACGCUUCCAGGUCCUGGACCAGGACACGGCCGUGGCUGCUUUCAAACACGCCGUCAGUCGCCGUGUCGACCGGAGUUUUGAUCCAGAAAACAGAUUUGAACAGAAGGUUUUUGCCAAAUCGAAGUACGACUUUGUGGCGAGAAACAACACGGAGCUGUCGGUUCUCAAAGAUGAACUCGUCGAGGUGCUCGACGACAGGAAGCAGUGGUGGAAGGUUCAAAACGGCUGCGGAGCUUCCGGCUACGUGCCAAACAACAUCCUGGAGAUCACUAGAGCAGCAGAAAUAAACAGCCGUGGAGAUCCAGUCUACAGCCACACCAUCCAGCUCAUGAUGCCAAAAAAGGAGUUUGAGUUAUUUAAGCAGCAGUUACUGGGAGAAUUAAAUGAGAAACAGACCACAAAGUCGGACCCUCCUCCAGGUAAACCUUCAGCCGCUCAGAUGUCCCAGGUCCCGUCACCGCCGCCCCCUGCCGCCAACAGGCUUCCUACGCCGCCGCUGCCUCCUCCAACAGUAGGACCCGGUAAACUGAGCGGCGGCAGCACCACUGUCAGCCGGCAUAAUAGCAGCACAUCCAGCGAUGGCGUUGGUGGCGCCGUGAAGGAACCCGGCAACCAGAGAGCUGCAGCAGCUGCAGGACGCAGGAAGUCCAACAUGGAGGAGGUUCAGGACGAGCUGGUCCACAGGCUGACUUUGGGACGCAGCACUCAGAAGAAGUUCCAGGUUCCUUCUCGGAGCAACAGCGGCAGCCUGCCGGCUCCGAGCAUCACUUACGAUUCAUCUCCAGAUGAAGUGAAAGCCUGGUUGGAGGCCAAAGGCUUCAGCCCAGUAACCAUCAGCAGCCUCGGCGUUCUGACCGGAGCCCAGCUGUUCUCACUCAACAAGGAGGAGCUGAAGACAGUUUGUCCCGAUGAUGGAGCGCGGGUCUUCAGUCAGGUCACGGUGCAGAAGGCCGCGCUGGAGAAAAGUUCAGGCUCUGAGCUCCAGGAGAUCAUGAGGAGGCAGCAGGAGAAGCUGGUAGCCAGCACCGUUGAUUCUGGGGUGGAGUCUUUUGACGAGGGCAGCACCCACUGAGCGUUCCCUCCCUCCCCUCAGCAUUUCUUACCCCUCACACUGCUGCCGGCUUUUUUCGUCCACUCUCCAUCCGCAGGCAGAAGCGGAUCAUGCAGAGUUUGUGGAGAUCAUGCGGCGCAGACAGGAAAUCCUCAGCUCGUCUCCGUAGAAACCAGCUGACCUCUGGAUGUCCAGGCUGUUGAAGAAACCACAGAAGCUUCUGCCAUGUUUGCCUGAAUUUCACAGGAAUGUGUUUUGGAUAUUUUUGCUGCUUGGUAGCUGAUCUUCCCAAAAUGAACCUCACAGUAUUAAUGAUGGAUUGUUUGAAAGUCAGCAGCUGCUCUUUGUGCCUCCCAGGUUUUAUUCUCACUUUCAGACUAAUAUAAAAAUCUGAACAUCUAGCUUCCAGGAAGAUAGAUGAAACAUUUAUACAUAAAACUUGUUUAAAGUCCCCUUGAAGUGAAAGCAUUUCAUAUAUUUUUCCCAGUUUUUGGACUUAAAUAAAACUUGGUGUUUCUGUGUAGAGGUUCUGACAAAAUUCUUUUCUGCGUGAAUACAAAGCUUGAUGUAUUUCUCAGGAUAAUAAAGUUUGGUUCAUGUAUUUAAAAUCUGGACUUGAUCUCUGAGUCCAUGGAGGAAAAUCUGUGGAAGUUUUUCUUCCAGUUAUUUAGAAAAUUCAGAUUCUUCUGUGACUGGAUGGAACAAAAAUCCUUGAGAAGCACAAACUGAAGCUGCUGGUGCCCAUGUAAAUAUGUUGUAGACUGAUAUGUUUAAGGCCAACAUGUUCACUUUAUGAUGCCGUUUUAAGGUUGUAUGAAGAAACGUUUAAACUAAAAGAUGAAAUAUUAAAAUAAUUUCUAAUUUAAGAUCAAACUGCUGUAGAGAAAUAGAUUUCUUCAGAUGCUGUAUGUGAGAGUUUAUAUGAGCUGAAGGUGAAGAUUGUUCCACUGUAAUGAAUCUAGACAACCUGCUGAGCUUCAUGAUUGUCUUCCCCAUGCUCUGCCCACCUGUACAUGUAACCUCAACAUCUCAUGAGUCGUCCUAUCUGAUCAGGUGAUUGAUCAGAGUGUCAGCCGGCAGCCUGACCAAUUCUCAGGACACUGGUGUUCUAGGAAAGAAGAAUUUGUUUAAACUGUAAAAUGUGUCAGAACAUCUAGUUGCCUGGAUAGGUUUUAGAAUCUUUCCCAGACUUGGUUCUGCAUUUUUGUUUUCAGUGUUCCUGUGAUUUCUAAACCUGAAACAAGACUCGAUAUGCUUGAGUUUGUUUAAAGCUCAGAUUUCCCAUGGGUCAUUAAAUGCUGCAUUCCCAGAUUGAGUAAAGAAUUCUGCUAAAAACUGAUUUCAGAAAUGACCAUCAGGACUUUUUUUUUUAUCAUGUUGCUGCAGUUUAAAGAUCCGGCUACAGGUUCUUUGAGGUCUACGAGAUGCUCAUAAGGAUUGACAGCCAGGAUUGGUCAGUUCUGUUCAGUCUGGUCAGCCUCUCCUACAAAAGUUCCUUCUUCUGUGUAAAGUCUGACCCAGAUGGUAACAACUGGACAACCCACAAAUCCAGAUGUUUUGUUUCUGAUAGUUUUUAGCAAUCCCUUUUCCUCUUUCUUGGAUGAAAAACUUGCAGCUUUGGUUGAUGCUUCGUGGUUUAGAUUAGUUUCUGUUCAGCCUUUUAAAGAUUUCCCUGAAACACACUCUCAGAGCAGCCCAAAGCCUGGAAGGUGAGAUGCCUUAAAAAAACACCGAACAAAAGUUUAAAUUUAAGUUUUACUGUUAAGAAAUUUAGUCUGGAAGUGUUUGGGUGUCCUCUGGAUGGUCUGAUGUUGGAAUAAUGACAAGCUGCAGGAUGUCACUCUGAAACUUAUGUGACCUAAUCUGAAGGUUGACCUCAUUAGAGUUAGAACUACUUAGUUUUUCCUGAUCAACUCAAGAGAACAUCAGUUCAAAAACAGAAACUCUUCUAUCAUACUCAGCCUCUUCCUGUUCAGACCUUUCACAUUAAAACUCCAGUUUUCCAGGUUUGCUUUUAUUGUUGAAUGUCAGCAGAAAUUUUGGCUGAUUCAAAGUGAACAGCUGUUGAAAAGAAUCUGACUCUAUUCAGAGUUCUUACCAACACUUUUAACAGUGGUUUGUGCAGGUCAUAAACCUCCAUCUCAGUGAGCCGAUGUUCUGCAGAAGAAGCCCCUCCAGCUUCUAGGAUCAGUUUGAAAUGCUUACUGUUUAUGCACUUAACUGUGUGAAAACAUCUGCUGAAGUUGGUGUUUAAAGGAUGUUUGUGUGUGAAAUGUAAAACUGUAACGCUGUAAUAAGACUGAUGAUUAAAGCACAGUAGAUAACAGCUAAGCAUGUAAUUAGAGAUAUUUGUAUCCAAACAGGUGUAUAGGCCAAUCAGAAAGAAGCAUUUGAACAAGGGUAGUUUUCAUUGUGCCUUUUUCCAUAUAAUAAUGCUCAUUCUGCAAUAAAAGAUUUCCAUAAA